AUGCCAACAGGGCGUCUGGCCAAAUGGCAGAUGAUUCUUUCAGAAUUUGAUAUUGUUUUCACUUCGCAAAAGGCCGUCAAGGGGCAAGCUAUAGCCGAUCAUUUGGCGAAAAAUCCAAAGGACGAUGAUUAUCAACCUCUCCAUACCUAUUUCCCUGAUGAAAAGGUCUUAUUUGUUGAUGUCAUAGAAGAUAUGAGCGAGCAGUGCCCUGAGUGGAGAUUAUUUUUCGAUGGUGCAGCCAAUUCUUUUGGAAUCGGAAUAGGAGCAGUCCUUGUAUCCCCGGAGGGGAGGCAUUACCCUGGAGCCUCUAAGUUACAAUUUGCUUGCAUGAACAACAUGGCUGAGUAUGAAGCAUGUAUUUUUGGUCUCAAAAUGGCUUUGGAAAUGGAGGUUAAGGAGUUAAUAGCCUUCAGUGAUUCAGAUUUACUCGUGCACCAAACAUUGAAGCAGUGGGUAACCAAAGAUUCAAAAAUCCUGCCAUACCACUGUAAUUUGCUCAAUUUGGCUAAACAAUUUCAAAGUUUGGAAUUCAGACAUCUCCUACGAGCUCGAAAUGCAUUUGCAGAUGCCUUGGCCACUUUAUCUUCCAUGAUACAAUAUCCGGACGAAUUGGGAAUGGAGCCUAUCCGGAUUCAACUCCAAGACAAGCCUGCUCAUUGUUGGGUCAUAGACAAGACAUCUGGCAAUAGUCCUUGGUACAAUGAUAUUAAGGAAUUCAUCAAAACCGGAUCUUACCCUCCAGAAGCCAGUGCAAAUGACAAGGGUUUCCUACGCAGAAUGGCCUCGAAGUUUUUCUUAAAUGGAGAGAUAUUAUACAAAAGAACCUCAUAUUUGAACCUCUUAAGGUGUAUCGAUGAAGUUGAAGCUCAAUACAUGAUGAAAGAGGUGCAUAGCGGCGUCUGUGGAUCUCACAUGAAUGGACAUUUGUUGGCAAAGAAAAUCAUGAGAACCGGGUUUGUUGGUUCUGGUUUGGGUUGUAGCGGUUGCAACUGGUGGAGGUGGAAGCUGGAUGGCAACUGGUUGGUCUUGGAGAAUGCAGAAGGGAGUUUGCUCACGGGUUCUCACAAGUACUUCACCAAAUGGGUCGAAGCGGAAUCAUUCAAGCAUGUGACAAAGAAGGUGGUGGCGAAUUUCUUAAGAGAUCACAUCAUAUGCAGAUUUGGGGUGCCGGAAACAUUGAUUACAGACAAUGCCAAGAAUCUCAACAAUGAUAUGGUGGACGGGUUAUGCGAACAAUUCAAAAUCAGACAUCGCAACUCCGCCAUCUAUAGGCCGCAGAUGAAUGGAGCCGUAGAGGCUGCAAACAAGAAUUUGAAGAAAAUCAUUCGCAAGAUGACUGAAAAGCAUCGUGAUUGGCAUGAAAAGCUUCCUUACGCACUAAUGGCGUAUCAGACUUCUAUUCGAACAUCAACUGGGGCGACACCCUACUCGCUCAUGUAUGGAAUGGAAGCUGUGCUACCUGCCGAGGUCGAAAUCCCUUCACUGCAUAUUCUAAUGGAAACCAAGUUGGAAGAGGCUGAUUGGAUAAAGCAGCGUCAUGAACAACUAUCUUUGAUUGAUGAAAAACGGUUUAAUGCCAUUUGUCACGGCCAAUGUUACCAAAAGCGCAUGGCUCGAGCCUACAACAAGAAGGUCCAUUUGCGUACAUUUGAAGAAGGCGACAAAGUGCUAAAGCGGAUUUUGCCGGUGCAAGAUGAGGCCAAAGGCAAGUUCGCUCCAAAUUGGCAAGGGCCAUUCAUUGUUCAAAAGAUUCCUUCCUACGCUCAAUUCUUGAAGGAUAUCAUGUCCAAGAAAAGGAAGCUUGUGGAUAAUGAGACAAUCAUAUUAAUAGAGGAAUGUGCAAGUGUAUCUUUGAUUCCUUUAUCUAUUGCUAGAAAGUUGUGGUUAAUUGAAUUAAAGACUACCAACAUUACAUUGCAGUUGACGGAUAGGACAAUCAAGUAUCUUAUAGAAGUGUUAGAAAAUGUGCUCAUGAAAAUUGAAAAACUUAUUAUACCUGUAGAUUUUGUUAUCCUAGAUAUGGAGGAAGAUAUGAACAUGCCUAUAAUAUUAGGUAGACCAUUUCUUGCCACUGUCGGUACUUUAUUUGAUGUACAAGAAGAUAAGCUUUUAUUUGGAGUGAAUGGUAAAACUAUAGUUUUUAAUUUGUCCAAUGGGAAGUGUAUUCACUCUACUAACUCUAGUUCUGAGGAUUCACAGGUUGCCAUGGUUACUCAUGAGAUGGAGUUAAAGGAAGAAAAAGUACCUCCUACCAUCAUAAAGGGAUCACCGGGAGCCAUUUCGAUCAAGAAAGUUGAGUAUUUUUCUUCAUUUCAUAGUGGGAUAGGUGAUUCACUAAGUGAGUUUGAAAAUGGUUAG